CGGGGUGAAUGCUCGGGCCUGGCCCCCAACUCCAACCCCUUCGCGGCGAUCAGCGCAGCACGUGGGGGUUGGCCACGUUCCCGCGCGCGCGCCCCGGGCCGCUGAGCGCGCACGGCGGCGGACACGCGCCCCGGAGUUGAUAAAUUUUUUUUCACAAUGUUUUGUUGUGAUGACUUGGAAGCCUAUGAAGAUGACCUGUAUCGUGAGGAGUCUACUAGUGAAGCAGAAAUUGAUAGUGAAGUGGAGUUCCAGUUAUACAGUCAAGUGCACUAUGCAAACAAUAUUACUGAAAUGAAGAUGGAUGAAAGGAAGAAUACAGAUAAUGUAAAUCUGGAUACCACUUCAGUAAAAGAUGAUGAAAAGCAGUCAGCAAGACCUAGAAGACAAAAUGUUUCCUCUGAUCAUGAUUUCAUACUCAUUUCAGAUAGCUCUGAUGUCAUCAUUCUGUCAGACUCUGAAGGCGAUGAUAGUAUUUAUACACACAAGGAUGCUAAAUCCACAGAAUGUUACCUUAAGCAAGGAAAAGAUCAAUCUUUAGGAAAGCAUGCACCAGGAUCAGACACUGGUACAAAUAACUCAACACCAGAUGUGAAUAGAUCAAAUGAAAUGCAGAAAUUGUAUCAGUUGAAGGGCAGAACUUGUCCACAAAUCCAAGAGAGUGAAAGUUCUGGAGCAGAGAGUGAUGAUGAAGAGAUAAAAAGUUGGACAAUACUGGGAAUUGAUAGGGAGGAAAAUGAUGAAGACAAUAUCCAGAUCAAUGUUGUUAACUCUGAAGCACUGAAGACGAAAGGAGGUAACGUUGAUUUUCACUGGUUCCUCUGUGAAAAGGAUCUACAGAAGCCAUCUGUGGAUUAUCGCAAUCGUUAUUAUGCGCAAAAUUUCAAGAAUGUGGACUGCAGAAACUGUGGCAAGAAAGGACACCUAUCCAAAAACUGCCUAGCUCCUAAGAAAUUGCCUUCUUGCUGUCUGUGUGGAGUUAGAGGUCACCUUCAGAGAUGUUGCCCAGAGAGAUAUUGUACAAACUGCAAUAUGCCUGGUCAUUGGUUUAAGAACUGCAUUGAAAGGGCAUACUGGAAAAAACGGUGUCAUCGUUGUAGUAUGACCGGACACUAUGCUGAUGCUUGUCCUGAAAUAUGGAGACAGUACCACUUAACGACCAAUCAAGGACCAAUAAUAACUGGAUCUAACCAGCCUGCUGCAAAGAAAUCUAUGUAUUGCUACAAUUGUGCAAAAAGAGGGCAUUAUGGUUAUGAAUGUUCAAGCAGUUGGAUGCAUAAGCACAUCUUUCCUACGUUACCACACGUGAAAUACUAUGAUACUGAGAAGGACAUAAAAAGAAGAGAAUGGAGGAUUCAGAGGAAAGUUGAAGAACUUCAAGAUGCCGGACUUCUUGAAAUCAGCUUUCCUGCUAAGAAACAGUGCAAGGAGUCUGCAAGCAAAGAUUGCCUUUCAAAGAAAGAAAAGAAAAAAUGGAAGCAAGAGUUGCUGAAGAAAAGACCUAGGGAACAAGAACGAGGAGAGAUCACCAGAAAUAGUAUGAUGACAAAAUGCAAAACAAAACUGCACCAUCGUUUUUCCCCUGUUCCACAAAGGCUCAGUGACGGUGCUGAGGAAGAUUUUCCAAGGGGACUUGGAGCGAGGUUAGCAGCAUCCAAUACUGCUCACCACAGAAAACACCAACGCUUUCUGUUUGUACACAGUAACCCACCACAGUCUGAUGGACUACUGGAUCAGAUGAAGAAUAAGAAGAACAAGAUAAGGAAAAAGAAAAAACACUUAACUGCUUCUUUAAAGCAUAUAAAGAAAGGGUGGAAAAAGGCUAAAAAAACAAAAGUAUCUGUUGUAGAUAGUACAACAUCCCCCAUCCCAAAUAAUGUUUUAAUAAUAAAGCAGGCAAAAAAGCGCAAGAGGCUUUCUAAAUUGCAGGAAGUGUAGACCAGUUAAAAUAGUAAAUAGUUGCAUUUGUUUCUGGGAAAGUAGAUGUCACAUGGCGACAAUUAAAUAAUGUAAACACUGUUGGUGUUAAUUUAAUUUGACAUGGCAUUCAUGAACACAUAUCCACAGAAUUCUGUGUAUCACCAAGCCACUAGUGAUGCUAACCAAAAAAUGUGUGGAUGAAUAAUUUGACAAUCUUCCCAGGACUGCAUUUGCAUGUUCUGAGAAGAAAGAGACACCAAAACCAAAACGAAGGCAGUCCACAUAAUGGUUAAGCAAAAGCCUAAAUUACUGUAUAGGAAAGGAGAAACGUGUUAUUUUUUAACUGGAUUAGUAGUUUCACUUAAUAAAGACUUUAAAUUUUUUCAUUGCA